AUGGCAGACGUAGAAUCCGUCCUGGCGGCCAAUGCCAACGCGCCGCAGCCAGACGCACCUUCAGACACUCCCAACCUGCCCGAGGGCGGCAACAAAUUCCAGCAUGCCAUCUCGGCCUGGAGAACUAUCGACUACACGAACCUCGUCGCAAACCUCGACAACACUGCCUCCGAGAUCGUCACAUACCAGCGAGACUCGACUGUUCAGAGAAAGGAACUAGCCCAAAAGACAAAGGACUUCAGGAAGCUCGAUGAUACAACAAAGUUGGGCGAGAUCAAGGGCCUAUUGAAAGCGUACCAAACUUUUAUCGAUCUCCUUACGAACCAUUCAAAGUCAAUCAACUCGGCCUUCCUCCAGACAUACACAUCCUUAUCCGAUGCGCCCGACCCAUACCCGCUUCUUGAAGCGUCGGUCGACUCGAUGCUCGUUUCCGAAGACACUCUUCCGAAGCUGACUGAGGAAAACCAGCACCUUCAAAAGUCCGUCGCUAAGCUGACGACCCAGCUUGAGGAUACCGAGAGCAAGUUGCAGACAGAAUCUGCCGCGAAGAGGGAGCUCGAAAGCAAUCUGGAUAGCAGGGUGAAGGAGGUGGAGGCUUCGUGGGUGGCGGUGCUCGAUGAAAAGAAGGACAACUGGGCCGCGAAGGAGAAGACAUUAGAAGAAAAGGUCGAGAACCAGGAGCGUCUGCUCACCGAGAUCAAGGCGAGCUACGAAGUCAACCAGCGCCUCGGAAAGACAGACGAUGGGGAUGCGGAGGGCCAGGCAGGCCACGUCACCAGUGCCGAAAUCGAGAUGCUUCACUCAGACCUAGACCGGACCAGUCAGCGACUGGCCGAGAUCGAGGCCCGGAACGAGCAACUGCGACUGGAACUGGCACAGGCAAAGUCAUCCGCGACCACCCAGACACCCACGUCCUUGGAAGACGACCCUGCUUACAUGCGCAUGCGGUCGGAAAAUUCAUCACUCAUCCGGAAGCUAGACGCUAGCAGGGUUGAGAAGGAGGGGCUCAAGCGUGAUCUGGAUUCCAGGCUGCGCAGCUUGGAGAGAGAGGUUGGCCUGCUCAAGGAAGAAAGGGACAAUCUCAAGUCCAAGGUGCAGAAGUGGAGUGACUACGACGACGUGAAGCAGGAGCUUGAGGUACUCAAGAGCAUCGAGUUCUCCACGGGCGAUGAUGAUGAUGUGAAGGAUGUGGUCGAGAGUGUCACAGAGUCCAAGGGCCAAAGUGACACCUUGGAGAAGCUUCUCUUGGCACGAAACAAGAAGCUCGGCGACGAGCUGACCAUUCUGCGCGUCUCCCACCAGGACUUACAGACUAAACUCUCUGACCUCCAGGAGGACAUGUCGCGAACGAAUAUGGACCUCGAAAAGUCGCAGAAACUGAACGAGCGACUCGAGAACGACCUCGCGACACUGCAGUCAGAGUCGUCCAACGCUUUCCCUUCCGGCGCGUCGGUGGCAGGGACUUUCAACCGCUACGCCCCUUCAAUCGCACCGGGACGAAGGGGAGGAGGUGGUGGUGGAAGAGUUUCGCCAACAUCGUCCAUCAUCAGCGGAAUCGACCCCCGUAUGGGUGGUGGCGGCGAGCCCAUGGGCGGCGGCUCCGGCAUUCUGCCAAUGAUCACAGCGCAACGUGACCGUUUCAAAAAGCGAAUUGCCGAACUAGAAAGCGAACUGUCGGACACGCAUCGCACCGUCUCGCAGCUGAGACAGGAAGUAUCAGCUCUGCAAAAGGACAAUCUCAGUCUUUACGAGAAGACGAGGUACGUCUCGACAUACAAUCGGGCCGGACCCUCAGCAACGUCGUCUUCAGCGGCAUUCUCAUCUAACCCGAACCCUUCAACGAUUUCCAUUGGAGGCAGCGGCAACCCGGGGAUUACAAUGGACAGAUACAAAAAGGCAUACGAGUCGAAUAUUUCGCCAUUUGCCGCUUUCCGAGGGCGGGAGUCUGCCAGGGCCUACAAGCGAAUGAGCUUCCCCGAACGAGUGGUAUACUCAGUAACACGGAUGGUGCUGGCCUCUCGGACUAGUAGAAAUCUAUUUGCGGCGUACUGUGUCGCGUUGCAUUUACUCGUUUUCUGCUCGCUAUACUGGCUCGGCACGGUGGACGUGGAGCAGCAUGCCAGCAACCUUGGCAAGUCGGUAGCAGGAGCCGCCGCCGCGGGCGCCGGGGGCCUCAAGGGAGGGGCCGGAAACGGCCACGGCGACUGGCAAGAGGAGGGAUUUAGUGGGCACUAG